AUGACCUCACCCGAGACCAACCCUCCCUUCACACCGCUGCCACACGAAAAGGUCCAGAUCAAGCCUUCGACACGAGUAACUCUGUCUCUGCAGACACCUUCACACUACCCUGCGAGGCAGCAGCCGCCCUUCUCCAUCACACAUUCCAACGGUACAUGCUACCUCACCAACCAAAGAAUCGUAUACCUUCCCGACAAGCCUACCGACAAGUUCAAGAGCUUCGCCGCACCGAUCCUCAACCUACACGACAGCUACCCUCACAACCCCAUGUUUGGAGCAUCUUACUGGACAGCGUCGGCGCAGCCAGUACAAGGAGGCGGUAUACCAGUUCCGGCGACUGGCGUGGUGGAGCUGAAGCUUACGUUCAAGGAGGGAGGGGCAUAUGACUUUCACACGACGUACGAGAAGCUACGGGAGAGACUCCAGCAGGUGGUGGAUGUGUCGCGGAUGAAUGGGAACGGCUCGGGGAGCUCGGCGGGUGCUAUGAAUGGCGUGGAUGUGUCGAAUGUGAACCUGGAGGACCUGCCGGCGUAUUCAGAGGAGAGCGAUGGGCCGCUGAUACCACCGACGGCGGCAGCGGCAGCGAUCGCUCAAGCUCAGGCACAGCAACAGAGGAGUCCUAUCGUGCCCCAGCAGACACGGGAUAGCGGAGUGCGCGUAGAUGAGGACGACAACCGACCGCAGCCCAAGCCCACGGACAACGCCCUUAGCCCACCAGACGAGCCACCACCUGGGUACGAGGAGACACAGAUGGCCGGACUACAGGAUGAGCUCGACAGAAGUCUUCAGCACGAACAGCAGCGAUAG